CUCCCCAUCUCCCAUCCCGCCCCCUUCAUCCUUUGACCCUAACCCUCCCCUCCCCCGUCCUCCUUUCCGCCCCAACCCCUGAACCACCCUGAAUCGUCCCCACCCGAUCCACCAUCACAACAUGGGACCGCCCGGCAUCAAACUUCCACCAAACAUCCACAUCCACAAAACCUUUCAACUUCGCCACCAACUAAUUCACGCACUUUUAUACGAAACUCCUGGCUCUUCCCUUCAACAAUCAAGGCAGCUUGCAGCUGCCCGGCUAGCUCAAUCGGUAGAGCGUGAGACUCUUAAUCUCAAGGUUGUGGGUUCGACCCCCACGUCGGGCUCAAUUCCCGAUGUUCCCUCUGGGACAACAUCAUCUUUUUGGCAUUUUUUGCUUCUGUUGUGCUGCCUUUUUGAUUCCUUUUGGCUUGGGCAGACUGGAUGGAGUUCACAUGGACACAACACAUGAAUCAUUGGUCAUGAUGAGUGGAAGAUGGGCAUGGAGGCAAUGUGCCUGUGAUGAAUCCAUCCUCGGUCCUGUCGAUGACAACCUCGAUGUUCACAAUGUCUGGCUGGAUUCUCGUAGCAUAGGUAUCCGUCACGUCGGAUGGAAGUAUGGAGGCUGACAUGCAUAAAUCUUGCGAGGAGGAAGGCAUUCCCGGAAACGAAACUGCA